UUUCUUUUCUUCUUUUAGUAUUUUUUUUCUUCUUUUAUCAAGGUGCAUGCUUUCUGCUUUAGAUAGUACUGUGUGCUUGCUAGGUUAAUUUGCCACAAUACCAUUUUUUCAGUUCACUAGAGGCUUAUUUAUAUUUCUUGGUUAAUUUUCUGAUUCUGAAGGGUGUGAUAACAAGAUGAGGAUGGUGAGACAGAAAACUCAGAUCAAAAAGAUAGAAAACUUAGCGGCAAGACAGGUGACCUUCUCAAAGAGAAGACGUGGGCUUUUUAAGAAGGCUCAAGAGUUGUGUACUCUUUGUGAUGUCGAUAUCGCUCUCAUCGUCUUUUCAGCCACUGGAAAGCUCUUUCACUACUCACCCUCAAGCAUGAAUCAAGUGUUAGAAAAGCAUAGACUACUGCAAACCCGGAAUGUUGGAGAACUAAGACAACCAUCUCAUGAGAUGCAGAUUGCUAGUAGAAAUUUUGGCAUCUUGAGCAACGAACUUGCAGAAAAAUCCACCGCGUUGAGGCAAAUGAAAGGGGAAGAUCUAAAGGGACUUGACCUCAAGGAGCUAGACAAACUAGAAGCUAUGAUUGAGUCUGGGUUGGUUAAAGUAGUAAAAACAAAGGAACAAAAAAUGUUGAAAGAGAUCAGCACACUGAAGGAGAAGGAAGCUCAACUGAGGGAAGAGAACAUACAUUUGAAACAACAGUUCGCUAUGAUGCACUUAUGUAUUGAGAAAAUGGGUAUUCAUGAGCAAUGUGGCCAUCAUCCUUCUUGGGAGUUAACGAUUGGCAACCUCAAGUCUAGAGAUCAACCUCAAAACUACAACAACAACUCGGAUACCUGCCUCAAACUUGGGUAAUCCAACUAAGUGAGAUAAUAAAUUAACCGUUAGAAUUGUGACAAUUCAUUUCCCAAUGGUUGUUUUAAGUGAUCACCUUUAACUUAUGAUUUGUUAAAUGUUAAAUAAGUAUAUAAACAUAAUCAAAAUUUAAAACA